UACUUUACAAUAGUCUCCUUGCACAACUGUCUUCUUAUGCAAAUUGAGAUGAUGAUUUCCCUUAGAUUGGGAGAAGAAUAAUGUAGCAGCUAUUAAAGACUAAAAAGAAAUCAAUUUGGUGUCCAUUAGAGAAAGAAGACCUAUUUUUGCUAAGAAGAGCCAUUUGAGAAUAGUAGCGUGAACGAAUCAUUUCAUCAGUGUAGUCGGAACUCCUCUCUUUAAGUCUAUUCCUGAGUUAAAAAAUCACUUGGCAAGUGAGUUUCUUCACCUCAAGACAUUGAAAUUUUAUUACGAUUCGUUUAUUUUCAGGUUUUUCAUGAUAAUUGUAUAAAGUUUUUCUUCAUCCAUCACAGUAGUUUAAUAUUAGAUUUAUCGGCAAAUUCCAAAAAUCAUUUCGAGCUUCCAUCUUUUUUAUAUAUCGUAUACAUAUGAUAUAAUCAACAUUGGCUUUGGGAAUUCUAUCUCCAAUUUUACCAAUUCGAUAUUUGAUAUCAUAUGCUAAUUAUUGAUUAGGUAUUCAAGAUUAUCGCGAGGCUUACCAAUACCAAUCCAUAUAUUGCUUUGUUUUCUUAAAAUUGGUCCUCGUUUUGUUGUAUCAUAUUGACAAAUUAACCUUCAUUGGUAUUACAAUAAAACACUAGAAAAUAAUUAUCCAUAAAUAUCUCUUAAUUAUUGCUAUCUCUUUUACAUUGCAACUGUUAUUUGUAAUUUCUUUCGCUCCUGUUGAAAUAUGGAUAUGGAAGAUGACCUUUCGCCCUGCUCGGCAAUUGUCACUACAAGCAACCACUCUUCGCCCGGUGGGGGAGGGGCUCAAAUACCCACACAUCAUUCUCACUCCCAUUCCAGAGACCACCUGAACGUACCAGCUUUAUCACAUAAUGACGUCACGAGCUCUUCUAGUCCUAGUUCUGACUCAGGCGUGAACAACUCGGUCGCUGGGGGUGCAGUGGGGUCAUCUAGUUCAGUGUUGGACCAUGAGGACUCUGAGGGGGUUUGGAGUGCCGAUAUAGAGCAGAGCUUCCAGGAGGCAGUGGCACUCUAUCCCCCCUGUGGACGGAGGAAGAUCAUCAUCACCGAAGAGGGCAAAAUGUUCGGGAGGAACGAAUUGAUCGCUCGCUACAUUAAGAUCCGUACAGGAAAGCAGAGAAGUCGCAAGCAAGUUUCCAGUCAUAUACAAGUGCUGGCCAGGAAAAGGACACGAGACUUGUCUCAGAAGCUGAAGAGCAGUGACACUGAUCCGAUGACGAUAGAUCAAAUGAUGCUUGGUUAUGGAGGACUGUCUGCUGGAAAGUCACACAUCAGUGAUCUGCUAGACCAGAAUGGGACUAGCAAAGAAAACAUGUCCAGAGGUCACCUCUCCACUAAUGCACUCUAUGACGCAUCCUCAUUCUCUGUUUCUGGCUUCGAGCUGAGCAAUACUUUCAAUGGAGUAGGAGGAGCAGGGAUGCCUCACCACUUCAGAGAUAGGAGCGACCCCAGUUCGCUUUUCAGCUCCUCAGCUAGACAAUUGGUUGGAGCAGGAAAUGUGCCUGCCCCUGGAAAUGAAAAUUCGCCCAGCUUUCAGUCACAUCAUACCAGGGUCCAGUCUUCCAUAAUCACAAGCUCAUCUCACGGGCCUGGUUCACUGUACCACAACUACUCCCCAUCAGACGCGGGCUCUCAUCGCCCUUCCAAUCAGAUGCAACAAAACCAGCCCCUCCCCACCUCAACCUCACCAUUCUCAACUUCAUACAAGGAAAACGGGGCUGAUAAUAUAGUGGCAGCACUCUACCCCACUUUGCAACAGCACCGGCCCCCCUCUCAACAGGAUUCCCCCCAUGUAAAGGGAUAUAUGAGGGAAAAGUGGCACAGGGGAGUGGUGGGAUCGACUAAGCUUCAGAUUCUGCAGAUGGCAAUAUUCGCAGAGACGUAUGAAAAUGAAACACCAUUGAGUCAUAACAUAGUGCAUCUAAGAUAUAGUGAAUCAAACAAUCAAUCGAGAAGGGAUUUGGAGCAGACGGACUGGGAGAUGCAACACCUGGAAGAAAUAGAACUGAGCCAGAUAGCAGACAAGUUCUCCUCUUCAUUCCCAAAUGGCAGAAGUCAGGCAGUUAAUCACUCGAACGACAUGGAAGCUUCAAACAGGUCGCAACACGAUGAAGGAAGCAUGAACAAGAAUAACGCCUCCUCUGUAUCUUCCGAGUGUGUGUUUUCUUCGUUGCUUGAAUCAGCCAAUCCUAAUUCGGCAUUCUAUGUCGUGAAGUUCUGGGCCAACUUGGACAGUCCUGUUUUAGAUGAUUCAAAUGCAUCUUUCUUAUCUUCAAUCGUGCUUGAGUCGGCGGAAAAGAUGAAUAUCACCCAGACAAUAACAGCCUACUGCUUCGGUCAGAAGGCAUUCGAAAAAAGCGAAACUUUUGAGCUGCCCGUGUACACUGAGAGUCUAUUUCGGUACACUGCCGAGAGGAGACAGCUCUGUCACUUCCUCCACUCCUUCCUCCGCAAACUCAGAUCCCAACUGCUCAACCACAACAACAGCAGACAGUACAUGUCCAGGGUGCUGGAGAACUUCACUCUCUUGCAGGUGUUUCGGCAGAAGGAGAGUGGAGAAGUUUUGUUAUGUUUGGCCUUCUUCUUCGACCUCUCUUCAUUUUCUCUGCAGGGCCAGUCACAGUUCAAUGUGUACAAACUAAAUAUGUCAUGACACUAAGAACAACAACAGAGACACGCGAAUCAUAGCUGAGCGACUGUUGAACUCUGAACUACCUUUUGACUGUCUUCAAUCUAAAUUAUUCACACAAAUCUGCUCUAUGGUGGUUCAACCGAUUUUCUAAAACAACAUUCGUUAGUGCUUUUCCGUCAACGGGAUAUCGGCUAGAUACUUUUAGUCACGUAUAUUCACCAAAUUGUCCGCUAUGUUCGAUUAUCAGCAAUCAGCAUCGUCAUUUUUAUCGUGUUCUCUCGACAUCGAGUUUUCUUUCUCGUUGCAUUGCAACUCAAACUUGAUGUGGAAUUCUACUUUACUCAAGCAAACGGCAGCUGUGUUGUGGCAAAAAGGAAGUGAGCUUUCAGCAUUAAGACUUACAAAAUAAUCGAAGGCUGCUGACUUUACUGCUUUGUGUCAUAAGUUCGAGAUGAUGUUCCGAUAAUAAAUUGAAUAAGUAAUGAAAAUAGUGAACCAUUGUGUAUGAAAGCUUCAAUUUUAAUUUUCUGCCAAAUACAAAGUAUCUUCCACUAUAACUGUAGUUUAAGUAUCUGUCAUUGAUUAGCUGUGCUUUUAAAGUUCUUUGAUUUUCUAUCUGUAGUGUUUUUCAAGUGUUAUUGAAGUUCAUAGAGUUUUCAAUUAUCA